AUGGACAGCAGGUGUGAGCCCUCAGCGUUUGGGCCUUAAGGAGACAGGCCUGCCUCUCUUCUGCCUGACCUUCUGCUGUCUACGUUCUGCAGGCGAGGGGGGAGUAUCCUGUUCACUGUCUGUGUCUGGCUGCAGGGCCUCUGCUGUCCCUGGAGUGCUCUGCAGCUGAGGGGCAGAAGGAGCUGGAUUCUCAGGAGGCUCCUCCGUGUCUCCUGCUGCUCCUGGGUCUGCUGCUGUUACUCCUGAGUCGUCCUCAUCUGAGGAGUCCUCUGAUGGGGCCAUGACACAGGGGUGAGAUCAGGAAAGAUCUUUAGCACCAGGUCCCACCCACAGACACAAAACUCUGGCUGGGCUUUGAUCUUUCCCUCCCAAUGGGCAGCCUUCACACACUCCUUGUGUUGGCUUCUUGUCUGACCUGCCUUAUCCUGAGUGUUUCCAGCCAGCCAGCCAUCAGCUUCAGGGACAGCCCCAUCCCCUUUGAGGUUCUGGACCGAGAUAAAGCUUACAGCCUGAUCCAGGCAGGGAUCUUCAUGAACUCCAGAGCCACCUCCAAUCAAUCAGGUGACCUUCUUGGAGAUGCCAUCACGGAGGCCCCACAGCUGUCAGUCAUGUGUGCCAAGCCAAUGGAAAUCCAGCAGGCCUUUAAGUACAUUAACACCUUUGUAUCUUGCACCAUCUUCAUGGUGGGCAUCAUUGGGAACUCCACCCUCUUGAGGAUCAUCUCCAAGAACGAAUGCAUGAGGAAUGGGCCUAACAUCCUUAUCGCCAGCCUGGCCCUUGGAGACCUUCUCUACAUCCUCAUUGCCUUGCCCAUUAAUGUAUAUAAGCUGCUGGCAGAAGACUGGCCUUUCGGGGUGCAGGGGUGCAAACUGGUGCCAUUCAUUCAGAAGGCCUCCGUCGGCAUCACGGUCCUCAGCCUCUGUGCUCUCAGCACAGACAAGUACCGAGCUGUGGCCUCUUGGAGCCGGAUCCAAGGGACUGGCAUCACUCUGUGGAAGGCGACUCUCAUCUGGGCAGUGGCCAUCAUCCUAGCCAUCCCUGAAGCCAUCGCCUUUGACCUGGUGAAAUUGAAUUACCGUGAACAGACACACUGGGUCUGCAUGCUGGCCCCUGAACAGAAAUCCAGCUUCAUGACGUUCUACAAGGACGUGAAAUAUUGGUGGCUUUUUGGCUUCUACUUCUGCCUGCCCCUAGCUUGCACUGGCAUCUUCUAUUCCCUCAUGUCAUGUGAGAUGCUGAACAAGAGGAAAGGCAUGAGGAUAGCACUCAAUGACCACAUGAAGCGGCGCCAAGAAGUGGCCAAGACCAUAUUCUGCCUGGUGGUGAUCUUUGCCCUCUGCUGGCUACCUCUCCAUCUCAGCAGGAUCCUUAAGAAGACCAUCUAUAACCCACAAGAUGUCGAAAGGUGCGAGCUGCUUAGCUUCCUCCUGGUCAUGGAUUACUUUGGCAUCAACAUGGCCUCGCUCAACUCCUGCAUCAACCCUGUGGCUCUCUACUUUGUCAGCCGGAAGUUUAAGAACUGCUUUCAGUCGUGUCUUUGUUGCUGGUGCCAGAGACCAGUCCUUGGCAUCAUACCGACAGACGACAAGGGCUCUGUUGGGAAAUGGAAAACCAAUGGGCAGGAACUGUGCCUUGAUCGGAGCAGCUCCCAUCUGAAGUUCAGCUCUUCUUAG